CUCCUCUAGAAAUGGGAAACGUAAACAGCAUGUACAGGAAUCAGGGGCAAGGCCACAGUGAUUCAUAUUAUGAACUAGUUGAACGGCUCACUAGGAAGUGGUGGGGUGAAAAGCUUUAUGGGGGCAGUGGGGACUACUGCGAUUUCUGAACCAUUCACGGGGCGCUGUCCAAUAGUUCCCCCGAGGCCUAGACUCCAGCUCCAUGGCUCGGUUGGAGACAAGGGGUUGCAGAGGAUGGAGGCUGCUUCCACAGCAACCCACAGCUCAGAUCCCACCCAGCCCUGCGGCCUACCGCCGCAAAGCACAGACAGCGGCGCCCAGCACUGCCCUUCGCAUACUCCGCCAACCUCUUCCUCACCAUUCCAGGCUCUAGUUUCUCCGCGCUGACCAGCUGCCGGAAGUCUCCCGCCUUCCACUUCCGGUCCGUUCCGCUGCUUGGCGCAGCUGGUUGGCCGCAGCAGUAAGGUUUGGGGUGGGGGGGGAGAUAGGGUGGAGGCUUUGGUCAACCCUUGGUUGGCUUCUUCUAGAGAUCUUAGGGCACCAGGGUAUGGGACGUGGUUUUUAGUCCGGAAGCCCCUCUGGGGCGCCCGCUCACCUGUUUCCCUUCCAUCAGAGGCGCGAUUGGCAGUUGGGGAAAAACCGUUCGGAGCCAGGAGUUCAGUACGAUCCGUAAAGCCGUUAGGCGUGGGUUGCUCCGUCUUCUCUCCCCUCCCCAGGACUGGGCGACUGUAGCACCUUUUCCGGUGAGCGCGAGCAAGUUGUGAACUGAAACGAGGAGCUAAGGGAGGUUGUAGGUUCUCUGGAGGCAGUGUAGGGAAUCGUGGCUCUAGGGAUUCUUCAGCUGUAGCUCCACUCUCCACUGUCUCUUGGAGCGGGAGAAGGAGAAAGACGGGUGCAAACUGAGAAGGGCAGGAAGAGGUGGGCCCCGAGCAUGCUUGUCGGACUGCCGAGGCAAUGAGAGCCAAUUGGGAGCCUGAAGAGAGGCAGCCCGAGGCCAAGAAAGCACACUUAUGUACCAUUUUAUUUGCUGAAAACUGUGAAGUAACCCAUGACUACCUAUGCGAAUUUCUGAAGUAUGCAGUUCUGGGUGAAUCCAGUGUUCCCAAACCUAGAUGGGGCCAGCUUUUUCACCAAAACCACCUGAACAACGUUGUGGUUUUUGUACUUCAGGGAAUGAGUCAGCUACACUUUUACAGGUUCUAUUUGGAGUUUGGAUUUCUCCAAAAGGCAUUAAGACAUAAAUUCUGCUUGCCUUCUCCAUCAUCUGAUUUUCUAGCUGAUAUCAUUGGACUGCAAAAGAAACAAACAAAUGAGGAUUUAUCCAGGACAAUGAAAGGGUCUUUACUUUGUGCCAGUUCAAAAGCCAGCAUCCACCUGCAAAAUGACCCCAUCAUUCAGAAUUAUGGCUCUAAGAAGGUGUGCUUGAUGCAGUGCAUGCUCACUAAGGAAGAGAUGAAAGUGUUUCAUUUUCCAUUGCAAGGUUUUCCUGAGUGUAAAAACUUUGUACCUACCAAAUAUAAUGGUUCUCUAACAGACAAAAGUCCUCUCUUUGCACUUGACUGUGAAAUGUGCCUCACAUUUAAGGGGAGAGAACUAACAUGCAUCUCACUUGUCGUUGCAGGUGGCUGUGUUAUGGAUGAACUCGUUAAACCUGACAAAAAUAUUUUGGACUACCUUGCCAGUUUCUCAGGAAUCAUGAAAAAGAUGCUGAACCCAGUAACAACCAAAUUCAAAGAUAUCCAGAGACAGUUAAAAGCACUACUUCCUCUUAAAGCUGUGUUAGUGGGCAACUCCUUAGACUUGGAUCUCAAAGCAUUGACAAUGAUAUAUCCAUAUGUUAUUGAUACAUCAUUGCUUUAUGUCAGAGAGCAGGGCAGAAGACUUAUGCUAAAGUUCUUAGCCAAAGCUAUUUUGGGGAAGGAUAUACAGAGUCCAGAUAGGUUGCCACAUGAUGCCACGGGUCAUGAUGCCACAGAUGCUAAAACAACCCUUGAAUUGGCCCAGUAUUUCCUUAAGUAUGGCUCAAAAAGGAUUGCAGAACUAAAUCUGGAGGCACUAGCUAGUCACCAAGAGCUGCAAGCAGCAGACCAGGAGCUGAGCAGUACACAGGCAGUUCAGCAGCCAAGCACAAGUGUUCUAGAACGCUUGGAGUCAGUGGGUUAAAAGCUCCUUUUCUUGACCCAGGAGGAAUGUACUAGUGAACUUUCUUCUGCCAGAAACUGUCAAACUAUUAAGUGCCUUUCAGAUAAAGAGGUUCUCGAGCAGGCCAGAGUGGAAAUCCUGUUUCCCUUCAGCCUCGUCCAGUUCUCUUUUGAACCCUUUUCACCCACCCUCACUGAGGAGAUGAACAAAAGGAUGAGGCUCAAGUGGACAGAGAUAUCAACUGUCUAUGCUGGACCAUUUAGCAAAAAAUGCAAUCUUGGGGCUCUGAAGAGGCUGUUUAAGAGCUUUGGCCCAGUCCUGGUCAAUGAUUUUUGUUCCUCAGUCUGACCUUCUCAAUUAGUGCUAGAAAUUCGGAUGCAGGGGCCUGUGAUGAAGCUCACCCUUGAUUGUGACACCCUUAUGGAGGAGCUAGAACGAGAUUCUGAGAACCAAGGUACCAUAUAUCUCUCUGGAGUGACUGAAACCUUCCAAGAACAUCUGUUGCAUAGGCACCUCUUUUUUGGCCUAGAAGCUGUGAUCUUGCCUAAAGAUCUUAAAAGUGGACAGCAGAAAAAAUACUGUUUCCUGAUAUUCUUGCUUUCACAAUUUAAAACUUUUGCCUGUGCCCAGAGGGCCCGCAACAUUCUUAUAGGCAAUGACUUGAAGCUCAAAGGCAGGCACACCCUAACCCCCCUGCACCUCCACACAUGGCUUCAGGACUUACCUCCUGAAGCAAGGCCCCCAGGACUUCGAGUCAUACCCACCCCACUCAAACAGCAGAUAUUGCAGACUCUGAAGGUGGACCACCCAAAGACAGUAGCCUGGCACUGGGGCCAGAAGAUAGGGAAGCUCUACCACAGCCUGAGCUCAGGCACUCUCUGCCUCAUCCUGCUGCCAGGAACCAAGAGCAUGCAUGGAUCACUUCCUGGCUUAGGACUGAUGGGAAUACAAGAUAAAGAGGAAAGCAUCAUCCCACAUGUGUUCCUGAGCCCAGCUACCACUUUCUAG